AUGAAGAAAUUGUUUAACAUGAGUGACCUUGGGCUACUAAGUUACUAUCUGGGAAUUGAAGUCUGUCAGAAUUCUCAAAGGAUUACACUCAACCAAUCAACAUAUGCAAGAAAGGUUUUAGACAAAUGCGGCAUGAAAGAUUGCAACCCUUCAAAAAUCCCGAUGGAACCUCGUCUGAAACUGAGCAAGGAAAGCACAAUUCCACCUGUAGACACAACUCUGUACCGAAGUAUUGUUGGCAGUUUAAGAUAUCUACUGCACACGCACCCAGAUUUGGCAUUCUCUGUUGUCAUGGUGAGUAGAUACAUGGAGAAGCCCACAACGGAGUACAUGGCCACAGUGAAGCACAUAUUGCGGUACGUGAAAGGAACUUUAAACCUCGGUUGCGUUUAUGAGAAAAAGGUAGGAAGCUUGGAGCUGAUCGGUUACUCCGAUAGUGAUCUCGCUGGUGAUACUAAUGACAGAAAAAGUACCUCAGCGGAGUACAUCGCUACCUGUACAGCAGCGUGUCAAGGAGUGUGGCUGGGACUACUGUUGGCAUAUUUGUUAAGGAUCGAGGUUAAGAAAGUGGUUCUAAAGAUCGAUAAUCAGUCUGCGAUUGCACUGAGCAAGAAUUCAGUUCACCAUGAGAGGAGCAAACACAUCGAUACCUGA